UAUUAGAUCGCAGAUAACGCUGUUCACAAGUUCGGGAAGUGUUAGAGCCAAUAGAGGGAAGUUUUUUUCCGAUAAGCCAUACGCGGAGGACGUUUAGACAAAGGUCUCUGGACAAAAUAUUCAGUGUUGGCAAGAAGUGGACAAGUUCAUAGACAACAACUACUACUGAAAAUGCGGUUCCUGAUUAUGGUUUGUGUGUGUUUCUACACUUUGGAGACAGGGGCGACCAGGAAUCCAAGCACUGUAGUAACAAAACUGUCCACAACAGCGCUGACCACAAGACGUUUCACUACAUCUGAAACAAUAAUGUCGACCACUGCACCUGGAACAACAAUACCGACCACUCGAGCUCCAUUUCGCACAAGACAUAUCACUACAUCUGAAACAACAAUGUCGACCACUGCACCUGGAACAACAAUACCGACCACUCGAGCUCCAUUUCGUACAACACAUUUCACUACAUCUGAAACAACAAUGUCGACCACUACACCUGGAACAACAAUACCGACCACUCGAGAUCCAUUUCGUACAACACCUUUCACUACAUCUGAAACAACAAUGUCGACCACUGCACCUGGAACAACAAUACCGACCACUCGAGAUCCAUUUCGUACAACACCUUUCACUACAUCUGAAACAACAAUGUCGACCACUGCACCGACCACUCAAGAUCCAUUUCGUACAACACAUUUCACUACAUCUGAAACAACAAUGUCGACCACUGCACCUGGAACAACAAUACCGACCGCUGCAUCAACAGUUACACCGUCCACUGUAUCUGAAGAUACAGUUACCACAGGUUACACAGCUACCACGGCAACCACCCUCUAUGCAACUCUAUUGACAAAUAUCGUGAUAACAAGCAACAAAGCAACUGAAGGGAAGCGUUCUCAGCAGAAUCCGUCUUCUAGCACCGCGCCGUUGAAUUCAGGAACAAAGGAAAAUGGAGAGUGCUUAGAGGACCUGUAUCGCUGCAAAGGAGGAGCAAAAUGUAUCAAUUACGAGCAAGUUUGCGAUGGUACUCCAGACUGCCCCGGGGAAGACGAUGAAAAACUAUUCUGCGAUAAAGAAACUACUCCUGUAGUCCCCAUCGCUGUCGGCGUCGCUGCUGUUGUAGUCCUCUGUGUUAUAGGUGGAGGAGCAGUGUUCUUUCUCAAUAAGCGUAGGAGGAGUUCGCAGGCGAGAGGAAAAGACGUUGAUAGCCCUGAACACGCCGCCGAAGAGGCUAACCGGUAUAACAAUGUGCAUGAUGAUCCUUCUACAAAGCCGCGAGACUCUCACAUCUACGCUGCAAUAAAUCUCCAAGACGUAGACGUUACAGUGAGGUCCAAGAAGCCGGAAGGCACAAACGCUCGACACGACAGACAUCAUAACACCGCGGGCGGAUUCCAAGCACCUAGAGACUCUAGCUAUGCAAUUCCCGAAGAUCUACGAGGUACGAUCUAUGAAAACAUCCCGGACGCCAUACCCGAGGAGUCACCUUACCAAGCGCUGAAUCCCGACACAAUGGAAAACGCACAAUACAUAAAUCUGUCGGAGCUAACCAAAACGAAGUAGACUAACGGCGCGAUUACAUUCGUCAUAGACCUUUGUAUAAUAUUAUGAAUAUAUAGAAUUUUCAAGUACGCUUGUAGGCUAUGGCAGCAACAAGUGCCACAAGAGUUUUGUACGACGUAUGCGCGAUGACGACUAUCCCGAUUUCUAGUGACAACCAGAAACCUGCCAUGGCAAAUUUGCUCAGUGACCGCUCAGAACUGUAGAACAGUUACUGUAGACCUUGGCACCACAUUCCCUUCGGGAGCUUUUGGGGACUGAGUGAGUGGCCGCUCUUAUUCUUCCGCAGAAAUAGAAUUAUUCAGUUGCAGUCGGUUAGACUUUCAUGGCCUGUUCACGGACGCGGUAAACUGAAUAACGUGGGAGUGGGGAGUCAAGUGGUCUGUAACAAUUAUUCGCUCAACCUAAGAUGAACUCGUCCCCACUGUUAAAGAAGCAGUGACAUGUGUUUUUGUAACUUGCAAAUCCCACCCCAAAGGCCACGGUGUCGUUGUAUGAGAACUAUUGGUAACAUUGUAAAUAUUUUGUUUCUUUAAUAGAUAAAUCGUCAAUUAAUUUGAUUGUAUAAAGUAGUUACAGCGUUUCAAGAUGAAAAUGGAAAAGAGAAUACAAUAAGAUUGAGAAUAUUUUUUUGUUUCUUGAUUAAAUAAAUACGAAAGUAUUUCGCUGAUAAAGAAGGGCAUUUCGUAAGUAUUG